CACCCUCUUCUCCUUUUUAUUUUCCUUUUUUCCACCACAACCUCGCCCCGUUUCCGUCUUCCUUAGCUCUUUCUACACUCUACCACCACAACCGGCAGCAGCAGCAGCUUCCUUUUCCAUAAACCGACCAUUUUCUUCUCACUCCGCCACUACCAUCAUCUUCUGAACCUUUUGGUGCCUCUUUCCAUUACCACCAUCAUUGUCUAUCAUCUUCUUGGUAGGCAUAGGCUAUCUUCGUUGGCAAGACCAUCUUCAUCAUUACAGAGAAUAAUCCCUUUUGAGCCUCAUUCUCUUCACCACCGUCUUAGUAUUUCCUUCCUGAGAAAAAAAGAGAAGAAGGAACAGAAAUGGCGGACUGGGGUCCAGUAUUCGUCGCUGUGAUCCUCUUCGUGCUGCUGAGUCCCGGGCUUUUGUUUCAGGUUCCCGGCAAAGGCCGUCUCGUCGAGUUCGGCAAUUUGCAGACCAGUGGGAUAUCGAUAUUGGUCCACUCCAUUAUAUUUUUUGCAAUUCUUUGUAUCUUUGUGCUAGCAAUUGGUGUUCAUAUGUAUAUUGGAUGAUAGAUGCUCCGCAAAGAUGUUGGGUUAGGUUCCUUUCCCCUAUUCCCUUCUAUUUCUGUCUCCUUUCGAAUUAAAGAGUGGAGAUGUCUGCUUAGAUAAGUGUUACUCUAUUUGGUCAUGUUUAUCAUUUGGGUUUAUAUGUCCAUGGUCAUGUUUAUCAUUUGGGUUUAUAUGCCCAUUGUUAAGGUCUUUUCUAGCUCUAAUUAACUGAAAGCCCUUUGUUUUGCUUC